AUGGAAGGACGCGAUAUCAGCACAAUUGCCAUCAUUCCUCUUUUUCUUAGACACCUUCUCGGACCCGUCUCGGUAAUUGGCUAUUCUGCAGCUCGAGCCAUGGCAAUAACAAUGAGCUUCACCAGAUUUGGACGUGUUGAUGACGCCUGGUUGGGUCUUGUGUUAGCUAAACUUCAACUUAAAAUUACACCCUUUAACGAUAUCUAUGUUUUUGCCAUCCCGAAUGGCACCAAAGAAGUUGCUUUUGCCGGUAUUAGUAAAUUUAACAAAUUUGUUGCCAAACAUAAGCUUUAA